GUCAUGUGAUCAGCUGUGUCCAAUCACAGCUGAUCGCAUGGAACAUGUACACUGAUCAUCAGGGCACUGAUGAUCAGUGUGCCCUGAUGAUCAGUGUAGCCCCAGCAGUGCCAGCUGUCAGUGCUCAUCAAUGCCACCUGCCAGUGCCCAUCAGUGCCAUAUAUUAGUGCCUACCAGUGCACAUCAAUGCCACAUAUCAGUGCCCAUCUGAGCUGCCUUUCAGUGCCACCUAUCAGUGCAAAUCAGUGCCACCUAUCAAUGCAGUCAGUGCCACCUAUCAGUGCGCCAAUCAGUGCCAGUCAGAGCCACCUAUCAGUG